AUGGUCUUCUCCUCCAGUGGAAAGCUCUUCGCGGCGGCGGAUCGGGCAGGACGUGUCCACUUCUGGCAGCUGGGUGGUAGCAGCUCCAAGCCCAGCGUCGAGUCCAACGGCUCCUUCCACGUCCACGGCGAGGUCUUGGCCUUGGCCUUCUCGAUGGAGAAGGGCCUGGCGGUCGCCACCAGCGACAAGGUGGUGCUCUUGGCCGUGCCGGUGUUGCAGGAGGUGGCCACGUUACCUCAGAGUGGAGAUAUUCAGGAGCUGUGCUUCUCACCGGACGGAGCUUUCAUGGUGGUCUCUGGAGUGAACGUGGAUGCCCGCAGCAGCCUACUGGCCGAGGAGGGCGACUUAAGCGCAGGGGUGGUCUUCUGGGAGGUCUCCGGAGCCUUCAAACGGUUAGGUUCCAUGAUCUUCCAACAGAUGAUCCGCGUCACCACGUUUAGACCGGACGGGCGAUAUUUGGCGGUGGCGGGCGACAACAAGCUCAUCUCGUUGGUGGACGUGCUCAAUGACUUUGAUCACGAGGGCGAUUUGCCUUGUAGCCACACAGUGCGUGCACUCGCGUGGAGUCCGAACCUCCGGUGCCUGGCCUCCGGCGGAGAGGAUCACCUCGUCACGGUUUGGGACUUGGCCUCCAAGCACAUCCUCUUUCAGAUGGAGCCCAUGAAGGAUUGGAUCGUGAGAUUGGCAUGGAGCAGUCACGGCCUUCUGGCCUAUACGCACGCGGGCGCGCAGGGCGUCCGCCUUGCUCCUCUGGAAGAGGUCGCACCAGCGCCAAAGGAGAUGCCGAUGGAGCGGUCCCAGGAGCUGGAGGAGGAACCCGAAGUGCCGGCCUUUGUCUUCUCGGUGCGGUUACCCUCAAGCACAGGCGCUCCGGUGGCGAAGGAGCCGUCCUCCGAGGAGGGCUUUCGGCUGCACGUCGCCAAAGAUCGCGUGGACGUCCCCGCGAGUUCGAUGAAGCUGGACAUGAGCCAUCCAGGAUUGGUCUUUGCUCAGCAGGAGCCGAACUUUGUGAUGGGUCACCAUUUGACCGCCUGCAGUUUUAUGCCCCAUGGCCUGUCGUUGAUGGUCGCGGGAGAAGAGGUCUUCGAAUGGGAGGUGGAGGGCAAGACGAAGCUGCGAGAGAUUCAUCUGCGAGAUGCGGCGAACGUCUUGGCCACCUCCCCCUGCGGCGGUUACGUGGCGGUGGCCAACGCCACGACGGUGACGGUGCAUCGCCUGAUGUCCAAAGGACAAGAGGCCGUGCUGAACCGCAAGGUCACGUCGAACAUUGUCGCCUUGGCCUUCUCCUCCAGACACUUCUUAGCUGUGGGGACCAUCGAAAAGAAGGUCUUGGUGUUUCACCUGGAAGAUAGCAAGGAGCCAGAAGUCCUGGUCGCUCAGGUCAACGACCUGUGCUUCGCACCCUCCGGGGACAUCUUGGCCAUCCCCGGAGGGGAUGAUGAAGUGGGUCAGGUCUUGCUGUGGCGUGUGGAACGCGAGGCCUGCAUGUAUUUGGGCACGGUGGCCACUCGCGGCGUGGCGCUGUGCGCGCGCUUCGACGAGACGGGUGACAUCUUGGCCGUUGGAUGUGAUGACGAUCGGAUCGUCCUGCUUUUGCCGGAGCAUAGCUUCAAGUGCUGGACGGAGCUCCGGUCCAGCUUCUCCGUCGCUCGCCUGGCCUUCGCGGGGAACUUCCUUUGCGCUGCGGGUGACCGCGAGGCGGCGAUCUUCAACCUCUCCAACAGCCAGCUGGUGCUCCAAGUGCCGCGGCAGGAGGAGAAGAUCAAGGACAUCUCCCUCACCGGCGAUGGCUGCUUGGCCUGCUGCUUCCGAGGCCAUGUGACCUUGCUGCGCUUGGAAAACGCCCCUCAGGUGCCGAGCGGUCGAGCAGUCAUGCAGGUCCCCAGCGACAAGGAUCGCUUCAAGUCGCGGGGCACGGUGACGUCGCUGUCGCUCAAAUCCUCUCCCAGCGAAGUGAUGCAUUCGGUGCAGCUGAACUUUGGCCACGUGGAGGCGGCUCAAGAGGGACUACAGGUGAGUCGCAGCAUGAGGAGCACCGGCAGUUGCUCCAACUUAGAGCUGGGGGGCGAGGAUUCCUCCGCGCGGCUGGAAGCCCGGCGGAGCUUGAGCAAGUCCAAGUCGCUGCCCUCCGACACCAAGGUGGGAGAAGGCAGCGUCGAUGAGUCCGCAUACAUUCCAAUCCAUCCGGGCGAAGGUGACCUGUUGCAACAGCCGCCGUGGCUGCUGAAGCCGCGGAUCUCCGUCACCGACACGUCACAGGGCGGCGGCUCGAGAUGUACCACGCCCGGUGAGAAGGACGAGGACCCGGAGGCGGCGGCCUUGCGGAAGCGCAUGCUGCUGGCGCGGGAUCUGGGCCUUGAUCCGGCCAUCCAGAGCAAGAUCCAGAUCACCAAGCGUCCGGAGGGUGUGCCGAUCAAGCUGAAGCAUGCGGAUGAGGUUUGCAGCCUUUCCUUCUUCGGCUCCUCCCUGGUGGCCGGUGGCUACGACCAGCACCUGGCGCUCUGGGACGUCGAAGGCCUCACCCGGACAACGGACGUCCACCUGGAGAGCGAGAUUGUUUGUGUCUCCUUCUCCCCUUGCGGCGAGUAUGUCUACUGCGGCGACGCGGAUCGACAGCUCAACGUCUUUAAAGCCAAGACGUUGGAACUCUUGGGCUCGGAGGUCAUCAAGGCUCCCGGGUCCGCGGGCAUCAGUACGCCGACCACCCUCCUGGCGGUGGGUUCCACGGCGGUGGUGAAGAUCUUCACCGUGCCACGGCUCGAAGAGGUGGCGUCCCUGCAGCAUGGCGGUCAGGUGCAUAGCCUGAGCUUCGCCCCGUCUCUUGGGAUGCUGGCGGCCGCCGGAGGCAUGGAUCUCACCGAUGGCCUUUUGGACUACAGUGCCAAGGAAAACCGCAACAUGAAGGCGAUGGUGUGGAAGUCCACGGAGCUGGCGGGGCUUUGGGACGAGGUGAAGACCGUGAACCUCCAGGACUUCUGCCACACCGCGGCCUUCUCGCCCUCGGGGCAAUGCUUGGCCUUGGCUGGGGAGGACCGGACGAUUUCCAUUCUCUCGGUGGGGAAGAAGUUUGAGAAGGUGGAGGAGCUGCUCUGCGGCGCCGGGAUUCGCACCUUGGCCUGGACCCGCAAUUCCCGGCUCUUGGCCUCCGCCGGCGAGGACAUGCGUGUCUCCGUGUGGGAUGUCCUCUUCAAGCGGGUGGUGCUUCAUUUGCCGAAGGCCCGGGGACGGCUUUGUGGCCUCGCCUUCAGCAUGGACAGCCGAUGGUUGGCCACGUGUGGCUACGGCCAAGAGGCGGUGGAUCUGUGGCCCAUCGAGGUGGAGGACUGUGAGUUUUCGUGGUGA